AUGGUGCAUGGUUCACUGUACAAAUCUUCUGAGAUCAGGUAAGAUACUCUGAUGGGUGGGCUGGAAUGUGAUUUUUGUAGGAUCAUAAAUAAGUCACAUUAAAAACACGGCAGUAGAUUUAAACUGGAAAUAAUAAUAUUUCCACCUCUUUUGACUCACCAGAAUGCUUUUUCACUGUUUCCAUGUUAGCCUUAUAUUAGUUAUUAUAGUCAUUAAUCACUAGUGCAUGAACUGAUGCAUUAAAACAAAACAAUAAAAUCAACAGAAUUCUCUUCAUUUGUCAAACUAAAGCAAGAAAGCAUUGUACGAAGCAGCAUAAUGAUGUAAUCAUUUUGCUAAAACUAAACUACUAUACAAAGGGUGGCAUCAUAGCUGUCAACCUUCCCUUUUUUUGCGGGAAAUUCCCUUAUUGCAGCACCGUUUCCUGCUGCUAUCCCAGAUUGUUAGAUAUCCUGUAGACUGUCCCCGGGACAGGUGAGGCUGCUGAUCCCUUAUUUUCAAAUCUGAAAGUUGGCAGCUAUAGGUGGUAUCCAGCGGUGGUUUUGUGCUAGCAGAUGGCACUUCCAUUCAGAGAAGGUAGAGCACGUGAUUUUUGCAGAUUUGCCCCUAUCUAUUGUAGCCUUUUGCAUCAUAGCCCAUACUGUCCUGGCAAGUGGGGUGUCCCUCAACCCUAAGUACCGUAUUUUUCACUCUAUAGGACGCACUUUUUCCCCUUCAAAAAUGAAGGGGAAAUGUGUGUGCGUCCUAUGGAGCGAAGAUGCCAUAGCCCCGCGACCCUCUCCCGGCUGGAGAGGUGACGCGCGGCUAUGGCAGGAGCCUCUCCGCUGCGCCUUUCCGCUGCUCCCUGACCUGCUCUUUGGGGCUGGUGGUGGGCUUCCCCGCCAGCCCCAAAGAGCAGGUCGAAGGACCUGAAGCCUGGAGAGCGAGAGGGGUCAGUGCACACCGACCCUCUCACUCUCCAGGCUUCCAAGGUAGCCGCUGAACGCACCUUAACCGGCACCUUGUUGUAGAGCGGGAAAACAAGAGGGGGAAAGUGCUCCCCCUCUCUGUGCAGCGCCUCCUGCUGCUUCACUGAAGGGGCGCUGGGCAGAGAGGGGGAAAAAUUUUUUUUCUUGUUCUCCCCCCUCUAAAACAAAGUGCGUCCUAUUGUCCGGUGCGUCCUAUGGUGCGAAAAAUACGGUACCUUUCCAGAGCACACAGAGGGUUGCAGCCAAUGGGGGAGGCUGGCAGCAACUGUGCCACCAUGGAGGAGCCACCUUCUUCUACUAAAGAAUAGUAAUUUAUCUCUGACCUAUUUUCCAAAAGGAACUGUCCAAGUGACAUGGAGGAGACCUUGGGGGGCUCAGCCUCUCGAUGAAAAAGCCAAAGUUUUCUCACUGCCAAGAAAAAAAUCAUCAGAGGUGGAAUUUCCAAUAUGCCUCAAGUCCAAAUGUGAGGGUUGACUUCUUAAAACCUUGAGGUCUUGUUCUGAGGGCCCUUACCUUUUGAGGAGAGGCGGCAGCACUGGCUACAGAGGAACUUACCUCGCAGAACAAAUUGCCAAGUGACAGUGCAUUCACUGCAAGGUUAACACGAGAUUCCUUUCCCCAACAUGUAGCGGUAUUUUAAUAGUUAAAGGGUGUACUGAUACUGACCCUUCUUUAGUGGUUUUAACUGUAGGAAUAGUUUGUGAUACUGUAUUUUGUAUUUUAUUUUUUUUAGUACAUUUUUAUGCUCAAAAGGCUGUGGAAUCUUGUUUUAAACAAACAUUUGCCUGCCAGUUCGAUCAAAUGGCAAAUUCACCAUUUAGGCAAAACAUAAUCCACUUUCCUCCCUAAAACUCUUUUCUGUUUUAUUAUUAACAGAAACCAUUAGCUAGAAUUUAAAUGAACAAGCCGAAUUAAUUAAACACAUGUGUUAUUGCGAUAUCCAGAUAAAAGCAGCUAACUGGCGGUGGGGAGAUAUUAGCGUUGGGUUUUAAUAUUAGAGCUCUGCAUGCAGCUGCAGGGAGGUUUAAAUAUAAGAAUUCAAAAAGCAUACACAUGCGUAAAUGAAACUCUAUCUCUUGUGCGAUGCUCAUUUCUUUUUAUAACCUUUUUGAGAUGCUGGACUUAGUUCAAGAUAAACAGUGGGCAGCUCUGUUGCUUUUUUAAAAAACCAACAGUCACUUAAACUACAAAUGGGGUCUCAGGUCAAAGAUAAGGAAGCAGCUUCUUUUGACCUGUUCUGUGUGUGCUGACUGGGGGCUCCGAAUAUCCACAGACUCUUGCAAUUUUGAAAUAUGUUCAGGGCUGCAGGCUCUGCUGGGAUUCAGUCUGGACAUUGCUUCAUUCCAAAUUGAAGAGAUGUUUUAGUUGAUGACUUUCACUUUGAUUAAGACAAAAAAUUCUGGUUAACCAUGCCAAGGGGAUAAAUGCAAAAAAAGCAAAAAAGAGAGGAAAAACCCUUGAGGUGUUUUCUAAUUUUUAGACACAUACACACACAGCUUGUGCCUAGUUUAAGCAAAAUUUAAUGGCUGCAAUUUAGCGGAGACUAUGCUGAAAUACAUGUUUUACGGAUUCCGGAGAAAACGGGGGAUUGUUAUUACUUUCAAAACUGCCCACUUAAAUGUUUAUUUUGCAUUGUCGGUACCUAAACAAGAACUUGACAAUAAUAUGCACUCAUAGAGCUCCAGGCAACUGUGAGCUUCCCCAUUCACUUCAGUGGAUGGGACAGCCCCAUGUGCGCUCGAAGACUGUGCAUGUGGGAUGCCUGCCCCUUGCCAUUGGAAUGAAUGGGGAAAUGCUCCCCAAUAGGAAAGCUCUGUAUGCUUACUGGAGCCUCUGGUUUUACAAGAUCACUGGAUUUAUCAGCACCAGUUUAAUAUGAUUUAAGGCAACAAUAUAACAGUGUUAACGAUCAUGUAAGGCACAAUGUGAUACCUUUUAUGACACUUGUGGGGUUGUCUGCAUUACAUAUUUACUGAGGGUGACUUAAUUAGCAGCUGACAUGGGUAGCGCUGUGGGUUAAACCACAGAGCCUAGGACUUGCCGAUCAGAAUGUUGGUGGUUCGAAUCCCCGCGACGGGGUGAGCUCCCGUUGCUCGGUCCCUGCUCCUGCCAACCUAGCAGUUCGAAAGCACGUCAAAGUGCAAGUGGAUAAAUAGGUACCGCUCCAGCGGGAAGGUAAACGGUGUUUCCGUGCACUGCUCUGGUUCGCCAGAAGCGGCUUAGUCAUGCUGGCCACAAGACGCGGAAGCUGUACGCCCGCUCCGUCGGCCAAUAAAGCCACAACCCCAGAGUCGGUCACAUCUGUACCUAAUGGUCAGGGUUCCCUUUACCUUUUUAAAACACCUAGGCUGAAGGCAUAUGGGACCAGAUAAACGUAUUACCUGAAGCAAUGUUUGUAUAGUUUAAAUCUAAAGGACAAAUAAUUUGGGGGUAAGGAAGAAAGAGGAGAAAGCAUCACACUAUUAAAACUGAGGAAUACCCUCUUUUGGGGCGGCAUGGACUGGCAGGCUGCCAUAGAAAUUUGAUAUGUUUACUUGUUCUAUGUAUUUUUACUCAGUUUCUCUCUACGGAAUAUUACCCCAUCUAAAGUUUUAUAAACAUUUUUUUUUUAAAAAAAAAUCUUUUUACAGAUUUCUUCAUUUAAGUCAAGAGAUGAGUCUGCUGGAAAAGAGUUUCCCCCAUUUGUCCACGAGAAACCACUUAGUAAGUUUACAGAUCUGCAACUCUUUAAAAUACAGUAUGAAAAACACAAAAGAAGUUUGAUAUGUGCCAGGGUCACGGGUGUCAGUAAAGCUUUUCAGACUUCCCCUACUCUCUGCAACAGCUGGAUUUUCUUGGUCCAGGUUCUUUGCAACCUAAUUAGAAACAUACUCCAUUUCCUACUUUUGUAAGAUAUGAAACUUAGAAAACAAAAAGGGGGAUUACUUUUCAAAACAGAGGCUUGACACAUGAUAUGCUGAAUUUAUAGGAACAGAAUGACUUCAUUAAUCAGGUUUUCCUGUCUUGACAGCAUAUGGACUUGCCACACAACAAAAGCUUUUUUGUUUUUUGGUAUUCUGAUAUAGGGUAGCCAUGUGUCCUACUUUAGAGAGGAAUCAUGGAGUUGGAAGGGACCCUGAGGAUCAUCUAGUUCAACCCCCUGCAAUGCAGGGAUAUGCAGCUGUCCCAUAUGGUGAUCAAACCUGCAACCUUUGUGUUAUCAGCACCACACUUUAACCAACUGAGCUAUCCAGGCAUGCAGGAUUCCUCUGUUUGAAGGGCUGUUUAGUACAGGCAUCCUCAACCUCGGCCCUCCAGAUGUUUUGAGAGUACAAUUCCCAUCAUCUCCGACCACUGGUCCUGCUAGCUAGGGAUCAAAAACAUCUCGAGGGGCGAGGUUGAGGAAGCCUGGUCUAGUCCAAGCCUGCUUCAAAGAGAAAGAGCCAUAUGGAGGGAGAGUAGGGCCAGGAAGUCGCUCACCAACUGUUUUUAACACAUGGACAGAAAACUCAGCAGGCACAUAGGUCACCCGGUCACAGUCUUCCCCCCUUAAAACGAGACGUAUUGUACAGUGGUACCUCGGGUUAAGUACUUAAUUCGUACAGGAGGUCCGUUCUUAACCUGAAACUGUUCUUAACCUGAAGCACCACUUUAACUAAUGGGGCCUCCUGCUGCUGCCACGCCACCGGAGCACGAUUUCUGUUGUUAUCCUGAAGCAAAGUUCUUAACCUGAGGUACUAUUUCUGGGUUAGCGGAGUCUGUAACCCGAAGUGUAUGUAACCUGAGGUACCACUGUAUUUCUAUUUAAAUUAAAGCAGUUCUAGGUUUGCAUCCUCACAUAAAAAUUGGCACCUGCGGAUUUUAUGCACAUUGGAGACUUUUUUUGUUAACACGUGGACAUCUUAUUUUAGGUAAGAGGUUUACAGAGGAAGCCUACAGGGAUGGGGAACCUGUGGCCCUCCAUUUGUUGCUAGAAUACAACUCCAUUCAUCCCAGACCAUUAGCCAUGCUAUCUGGGGCUGAUGGGAGCUGGCAGCUGGAAGACCCACUGGUUCCCCAUUCCUGGCCUGAGUUGCUGAGUUGCACAAAAGUUGUAAAUAAAGAACAAGGUAGUGAUUGUUUGUGCAAGGCAAUUUUAGUUCUCCAGAGGUGUUUUUUUUAAGACAAUUUAUGAAUCAACUGGAGUUUACAUCUCUAUCUCUUAUCUCUCUAAAAACAUAUCCACACUGAGUAAAGUAUUCCCUUUUAAAAAAACAUCUCUCUCUCUCUCUUUUUCCAUAGGAAUCUCUUAGACAGUGGCAGCGAUGUUACCACAGUGAGGUAAGCUGCCCAAUCUGCCUCCAGGCUACUACUUGCCCCGUAGAAACCAACUGUGGACAUUUAUUUUGUGGUAAGUAAAUAGGAUCAUUAUUUUCCCCACACAUAUAUUCAUUUCAUAAACAUAUAGCUGUCUUCACAUUGCACGUAACUAUAAAAGAAGAAGGGCAUAUAAAAGACAAUGGAUUGGCUCCAGACUCAGGUUGCAAUCUUAUCCACACUUACCACUGAGUGAGAGACCCUUUGAACUCAGCAAGACUUGUUUCUGAGUAAGGAGCCACAGGAUUGCACUGUAUGUUACUUGAACUUAGUUCCAACUGAAAUAAUAACUUAAAUACAACUGAUUUCAGCGGGAGCCAAAUUCAACUAAUUUAGCCUAGAUCCAUUUCAAUCUUGUUUAUUUGCCUGAUUCUACAUAUCUUUUGUGCAGACAGGCUUUAAUUAAAGAAAAAAAUGUAGACGAGGCAGUAGGAAAUACAAAAUAAGGUUUUCAAUAUUUUGACAACUAACAGGAUGGUAAGGUCCAGUUUUAAAGCACCACUGCACCAUGCUACUAGCAUUUUAGACCACAGCUAUUUCUGGCGCCUUGCACCAUGUCCUAAGGGUUCUCAGACAAGUCCCAUCCCUCUAGGACCACAGCAGUGCAGUACCAGUAAAGUACAGUGGUGCCCCGCAAGACGAAUGCCUCGCAAGACGGAAAACUCGCUAGACGAAAGGGUUUUCCGUUUUUUGGAGCUGCUUUGCAAGACGAAUUUCCCUAUGGGCUUGCUUCGCAAGACGAAAACGUCUUGCAAGUUUGUUUCCUUUUUCUUAACACCGUUAAUACAGUUGCGACUUGACUUCGAGGAGCAACUCAUAGAACGCAGUGUACAUAGUAGCCUUUUUGAGGUUUUUAAAGACUUUGGUGAUUUUUGAAGCUUUUCCAAAACUUCUUUUGCAGCCAUUUGGUAAGUUAAGCUUUUAAAACUUUUUUGGGGGGUUUUGGAUUUUGGGUUGGGGUGUUUGGAAUUCAAGGACUUGGUGUUGGGGAGGGGUUUGCAAGAAUCUGGAAGCUUGUUUUUUUCCCCUGCAUUUUUAUGAUUUUCUGUGACCAUUGGGCCACUCUGCUGUUUUUUUAAAAAAAAUCUGGAUUUGAAUUUCUGUGUGCUGGGUGGCUGGGGGAACAGUUGGGGAGGGGUUUGCAAGAAUCUGGAAGCUUGUUUUUCCCCCCUGCAUUUUUAUGAUUUUCUGUGACCAUUGGGCAACUCUGCUGUUUUUUUUAAAAAAAUCUGGGUUUGAAUUUUGAAAUGCUCUUUACAUUAUGUGUGACUUUAAAGAGCACUUAAUAAACUCUUGUUGUACCAAAUUUGGCUUUGUUUGGACUUUUUUUGACCAUAGGAACGCAUUAAUUGAUUUUCAAUGCAUUCCUAUGGGAAACCGUGCUUCGCAAGACGAAAAAUUCGCUAGACGAAAAAAUUCGCGGAACGAAUUAAUUUCGUCUUGCGAGGCACCACUGUACUGUAAGGUAACAGUAGGAACUCCAGCCUUUUGGAAUGUGAAGUGGAAGAGGCAGCAAGAGUUCUUAUCGCUACAAAAUGGAAGAACGAUGAAAUCCCCUCAAUUCAUGAAUGGAUACAAAAGCUAAAAGAUUAUGCGGAGUUAGACAGUUUAUCAGAAAAAAUAACAAACCGAAACAGGAAUUUAUCUCAAAAUGGGAAAACUUCAAAGUUUAUUUGAAAAACAAUUACAGCAGUUUAAACUCUGUUGCAGCAUUUGAAUAAUUUUAGUAGUAGCUUUAAGAAAGAUAUGAAACUUAAAGAUAAACCAAUAAUUAGUUAAUUUAAUUUCAGAUAAAAGAAUGUGUGUUGGCAACAAAUAAUAUAUAAUUGAAAAAAGGAAUGGACGGGAGGUCGGGUCUGUAGUCUAAGGACCACUUUUUGCUUUAUUGAUUUGUAAUUAAUAUUGUGUUUAUCACUGUUUUUAUUUGUAUUUUUUUUUCUUUUUUGGUGUAUCAAUAUUUUUUUUUUAAAAAAGGAAUGUGAAGUGGAAGAGAACUGCCCAUCUCUGUUGCACUUUACCACUGCGGCAUAAGCCUCUCUCUGUUGUUUAAGCAGCUAAAGUGGAGGAGCUGUAAGUCUGUGACAUAGCUGGAACUGCCAUGGGCGAGACAGGUCAAGGUUAGGAGGCCCUGUUUACUCCCACAAUGUGUGAGGCUACUCUUAAAGCCAUAAUCUUCAGCCUCAUGCUUUCCUCACAACUGGAUUGAAGCUAUAGUCAUUGGAGUUUUAAGGAAAACAUUCCUGCAGAUAAAAGGUGCUUGCUCCAGUGCUUUUCACUGUGGUUACUGAAGCCCUUCUUAAAAAAAAGAAAAGAAGAAUGAAAAAAGUUUAAGGACUUAAUGGAAAGAUUAACAGUAGCAUCACAUUAAAAUCAGACUUCUUUCAGGGAGGGAUAAUGAAAUGCUUGUUCUGUACAAAUACAGUCAACUGUAUUAUAGAUUUCAGAGGUUCAACACACUGGUCUGCUUUUCUUCUAUAUCAUGUGAUUCUCACAAAGGUGUCUUAAUUUAGCUGGGAUAUCUAGCUGGGAGGAAAACACAGCUUUUUACUAGAUGUAAAAUAUAGCAGGUCUAGGAAAAGUCAGAUAUCCACAACAAAUGACAGACUUGGGACCUAUAGCAACAAAUGAGCAUUUAAUUACAUGAGAUGACAACAAUUUGGAAAAGUUCUUUGUCACAAUUGUCCUUCAUUCUUAAGCCACGGCACCAUCUAUAACUCUAGCCACAGAACAAAAUUUAAUGAUUUUCAGAUCAGGCAGCUCUUAAUGAUGACUGAAUCUGAGACAACAGCCAAUCUCCAAUAUACAACUCUACAAAAUGGGUUUUUUUAAAGUAUAUUACUCUCACUGCCCCACAUUUAUACAGCGUUUGCCCCCAAAUGACACCAUGCCUAUCUGAAUCAUAUUGCAACCCAUCUGCAUGCAGAAUAUCUACCUCACAAAGCCAGAAAAGGGUUCUGCUAUAAUCUGAUUAAACUCUCUGCUGUAAAACAAGAUCCUUCAUGCAUCACACCCGCACAGGAACCACUUCCUCUUCCCUUACAUUCUUCAUUCUGAUGUUAGUAUGCCACAAGUAAAAAGCAGAAAUGAGUUAAGUGUCCAAUAGUGGAAACUCCCACCCCAAAGACUAAUUUGCUAUAGCAAAUCCAGAUCGUUCUAGCAAACGAGUCAACAUACAUGGUACCAAGAAGAGAUAGGAUCAAUAAAUAAUCUCAAGGGUUUUCCUUGACUCCUUUUUUCAGAGUGGCCACAGUGACACGUACAUUGGUCAAGUCUAGGUUAGAUUACUGCAACAUGCUUUCUGUGGGUCUGCCCUUUAAGAGGGCUUGGAAACUGUAGCUGGUGCAAAAUGCAGCAGGAAGAAUACUAUCAUCUGCACUUUGCAGAUCAUUACACCAGUCUUACAUCAAUUGUUCUGGCUUUAGGUUCAUUCAUGUGCUCAUUUCAAGGUGUUGGUUCUUACCUAUAAAGCCCUAAGUUAUUUAGGACCAGGUUAUCUGAAAACCUGCCUUCUCUCAUAUUAACUUGCCUGUAGGUUAAAAUCGAAUUGGCAAGACUUGCAAUCCAGCCAGGAUCAGUGUACUAUGUUCAAACCAUCUUGCCCUGGUGAGCAACCUGGCUGCCGAAUUCUGCACCAGCUGAAUUUUUCGAACCAUCUUCAGAGGCAGCAUAUAACGCAGUGCAGUAAUCCAGCCUAGAGGUUACAAGAGCAUAGACAACAGAGGUUAGGCUAUCCCUUGUCCAGGUAGGGGCAUAGCUGGGCCACUGGCUGAAGCUGAUGGAAGGCACGCCACACCACUUUUAAUAUUUGCUAAAAUGGUGCUUAUAAUAAUUUGAAUUAUUUAAUGGUUUUAUUGCUUCAGCAUAUUGCAAAAUGUGUUAGGGGCCUUUAUUCAGGGCUGAAAAGCAGUACAGGAAUGCUCUCACAAAUAAAUAAAUAAAUAAUCAAGCAUUCAUCCCCCUGCCCAACCCAGUGCUGAACACUUUAAGUAAAUUAUUAAAAUGAAAUAUAUAGACAUAGACAUGUUUUGGAUAGGCUAUGUUUUCCUAUGUCUCAAAGCAUUUUAUUUGAAACCUAUAUUUUUAAUUCAAUUUGGCACUAAGAAGAGCAAAGGUGGGCAAGUGUCAUAUCUAAAACUCAUAUUGUUAUUUGAUGGCUUUAAAUGAUGAUCGGCUAUGACUUAUAGGGGGGAAUGUAUUAUUGUUAGUCUAUAUUAUCGUCAGGAAUUCCUAUAUUUCUUCCAAGAUGUUUCAAAUUUCACCUGUAUCUCGAACCAUAUGUCCAGGAAAUGGGGUAGAAAGUUGAUCCUGGGCCAAUAUUAUUUUUCUCUAAUUGCUAAUAGCCAACAGAGUGUUUCUUUGGGGGGGAGGGGGAGGGACACAAAACUCUGCAGCUUCCUGGAUUAAAAGUAGAUUUGAGGUCAGUUCUGAAAAUGUGGAUAUAGAUAUACAGAAAUAGCUUUGUCGCUGCAAAUGAGUCAAUAGAGGAAAAUGAUUUACAAAACAUGAUUUUUAAGUGCUUUGAAAGCUGGUAUGAUUCUGUUUUGAGAUCUGCAUAUGUGCCUAUAAUAUGGUUGCAAGCGGUAUAGUUGACCCAUAUGGAUCUCUAGCAUUAUUCAUUAAAGCUUCAGACUAUUGAACAGGGCUGCUGGUAUGUGCUUAUAAGACUCUGGGCACCACUGCCAUGAAGCAAGAGGCGAUGGGUGCCUGGGGUCUUGCUGGCACUGUUCUCCACAUUGUGCCCAGCCACCCUGUAAACAAAAAAAUGGCUAGGAAGGGAGAAAGGGGUAGGAGAUCCAGGGGCCCCGGGAUCACCCCUACCCAUGUCCCUGAUAUUGGGAGUAUCCCACGGUGUAGGCAGCUGCAUUAAUUUUUAUCUGACUUUUUCUGCCCAUAUCAGAACAGCUGUGGGAAAACCACAUGUAUUGUCAAAUCAAAGAAUCAUAGAGUGGGAAUGGACCAUGAGGGUCAUCUAGUGCAAUUCCUGCAAUGCAGGUAUCUUUUUGCCAUAUGUGGGGCUCGACCCCACAACCCUGGGAUUAAGAGUCUUAUGCUCUAUCACCUGAGCUACCUGAAUAAUUUCAGGGACGGAGUUGGUGAAGGCUUUGAAAAAAACACAACAACAUCCUGUAAGAUCAAGGUUUUAAAUGUUGCUACUUUUCUGCAAUCAACUACAGUGGUACCUCGGGUUAAGUACUUAAUUCAUUCCAGAGGUCCGUUCUUAACCUGAAACUGUUCUUAACCUGAAGCACCACUUUAGCUAAUGGGGCCUCCUCCUGCUGCCGUGCCACCGGAGCACGAUUUCUGUUCUCAUCCUGAAGCAAAGUUCUUAACCUGAGGUACUAUUUCUGGGUUAGCGGAAUCUGUAACCUGAAGCAUCUGUAACCUGAAGCUUAUGUAACCCAAGGUACCACUGUACACACCAUAUUUUCACUCACAUUUUACUGAAAGUAGGUCACACCUGGGUGGCAAAUAACUCUGACAGCAUCUGUUUCUGUCACUGUCCCAAGCAGUGUCCCUAAACACUGAGCAGCCUGGAUUUUUUCCCCUUUCCAAUAGUUUCCAGGUAGAAAUGUAAUCUCAGUGUGGGAACUGGAUCAUGGUGAUGAAGGGAUUAACAGGUGAUGAAGGAAUCUUCAUGCUAUGCAGGUUUUCAGUUCUUACAAUACUACUUUUUCUUUCUUUUCUUUCUUUAGGUUCCUGUCUGAUUGAAUACUGGAAACAUGGACCUUGGCUAGAAGCAAUCAGCUGCCCACUCUGCAGACAGAAAGUAAGAGUUUUCUCUUGUGAUCAUCUGCUCUUUGGCAGUCACAAGAGGAGGUGGAAAUAUGUACCAGGAAUAAUCCUUAUAAAUUUACAGGCUACUACCAAACAUCUGCAUCUCUCAUUUGAUGCCUGUCAAAUCAGGGAACACCUAUCAAAUAUUAAACAAUGCGCUUACAGCAGGCUUUUUAUUACAGCUGGCUGGCUUCUUGCAUUGCGUUCAGCUCACCCAAGAUGAACUCCUUAUACUCCUCUGAUCUUGGCCGCUAGCUGCCUGCCUUGGCACAAUGUGCAAAGGUAGCAGAAUAAGGAAGGCAGCCUGCCGGGGAGGAAAUUUACCCACUGGAGGACAAAGCCUAUGAGUCAGGGGUCAAAGACAUAAUAACAAAAGGCUUAUUAAAAGCAUAAAACAGCACUGAUUUGUCUUAUAGUUCUAAUCUAAAGAGACGCUUCAUGCUUUUUUCUUUUUUACCUGAAGGUCAUUCUUUUGUACAACAUGCCUUGUGAAAAUCAGCCCGACAAGCCGAGCAAACAAAUUGUGUAUGACAUCAGAGAUUACAACAAACGUUUCUCAGGACAGCCUAGGCCUGUAAGUAGCAACUUUUAGACAUUCCUGGCUUAAAACGCAGCUAAGGUCAUUCUCUUUCUAAAUUCAGAUCGAAGCUGGUUUGGGGAAAUACACACUAGAACACAGUAUUUCACAAGAGACAACAAGGUAGAUAUUCUCAUUGGCUAAAUUUGCACAAUGCAAAACAUGUAUUUUUAAUGGGGCAAUAAGGAAAGAAUCACGACUGGAUGGGGGCGAUUAGGAAAAAAGGAGGAAGGAUUGUUGCUGGCAGGUUUUUAGUCAUCCCUGUAAUUCUCGUCUUCUUACUUAACAAAUCCAAAACAGCAGCAUGAAAAAUAAAGAGUUUCAUAACCUUACCCAAAUUUUAUGUCCAGUUCACAGAUUAUCUUUAUGACAUGCCGCUUCUCAUCAACCUGGCCGUACGAGGGAUCUUCACGCUGGGCGGCUUGGUGUGGAUCUUCUUCCUCAGAGUUGUCAUCUGUUGUUUUGGAACCUUCAUGUGCUUGACUUCUUCGUUGGAUCUGAUGCCAGAACCUCUUUGUGGAAUUCUGGGUGUGUUUGAUGACCUAGUUGUUGUUUUCCUACUUUUAAUCUGUAUGAUAAACAUUUGCUCUCAGAUGGAAUCAGAAGGGGCGAACAUGACGAGCUCUACAACGCAAAACAUUUUGUUGGAAUCAUAA